CAAACGUCACCGAAGUUUGUGCUUCACUUUCAAAAUCGGCUUUCGUGGCUACAUUUAAAAAUAAAAAAAUAAUAUCAAAUAUAAGUUUUCUUUGUUAUGCGGUAAAAUUAAAAUUUUCUAUAAUGAGAAUUACUAACGUAAGACGUGGAAGAAUUUAUCGUGUGGGUAGCUUAUGCGCAAUUCUAGUAAUGGUAUUGUAUGCUCUUCAUAAAUACGUUCAAUCGAACGUUUCAAGUGACUCUGAUGAGAUAUUGGAUAUAAAUUCAGCUGCUGGGUAUUAUAAAUCCCAUAAGAAUGUAUACCCCACUUUAAAAACGGAGCUAGGAAAUUUUGAGCCUAAACUAAAGAAGAAUGUGAAAGGGCCUGGUGAGGGUGGGGAGCCCUAUCACAUGUCCCAGGACAGGGCAAACGACAUUGCCGAGUCUGAGAGUGACUAUGGGAUGAAUAUUGCUGCAUCAGAUGAUAUAGCAAUGAACCGGACUGUACCUGAUACAAGAUUGGAUGAGUGUAAAUAUUGGCAUUAUCCUGAAGAAUUGCCAUCAACCUCAGUCAUUAUAGUGUUCCAUAAUGAAGGCUUCUCUGUUCUUAUGAGAACGGUUCACUCAGUAAUAGACCGCUCUCCACCGAAUAUUCUUCAUGAAAUUGUAUUGGUUGAUGAUUUCUCUGACAAAGACAAUUUAAAACUGAACCUGGAGGUCUACAUCAGACGUUGGAAUGGUAAAGUGCGUUUGAUUAGAAAUUCCCAAAGGGAGGGGCUGAUUAGAACUAGAUCUAGAGGUGCACAGGAAGCCACAGGUGAUGUCAUCGUAUUUCUGGAUGCACAUUGUGAAGUGAAUGUCAACUGGCUACCACCAUUACUAGCCCCUAUAUACAGAGACUAUAGAAUUAUGACCGUACCCGUCAUAGACGGUGUAGACCACAGGACCUUUGAAUAUAGACCUGUCUACCAACACGGCACAAAUUACAGAGGAAUAUUUGAGUGGGGAAUGUUGUAUAAAGAAAAUGAAGUACCAGACAGAGAAGCGAGUCUUCACAAACAUAAGUCUGAACCGUAUAAAAGUCCGACUCACGCUGGGGGUCUUUUCGCAAUCAACAGAAGGUAUUUCCUCGAAAUCGGAGCAUACGAUCCGGGAUUGCUGGUAUGGGGAGGAGAGAAUUUCGAAUUGAGUUUCAAAAUAUGGCAGUGCGGGGGAAGCAUCGAAUGGGUACCGUGCUCGAGGGUGGGUCACGUGUAUCGGGCGUUCAUGCCUUACUCCUUCGGAAACUUGGCGAAGAACCGGAAAGGAUCGCUAAUCACAAUAAACUACAAAAGAGUCAUAGAAACCUGGUUUGAUGAGGAACAUAAAGAAUACUUCUACACGAGAGAGCCCAUGGCCAGGUUUUUAGAUAUGGGCGAUAUAACUGACCAAAUCGCUUUAAGAGAUAAGUUGAAAUGCAAAAGCUUCAGCUGGUUUAUGGAGAAUGUGGCCUAUGACGUGUACGACAAGUUCCCGAGGUUGCCGAAGAAUACACAUUGGGGAAUGGUCAAAAACAAGGCGACGGGUGUUUGUUUGGAUACUAUGGGGAAAGCGGCUCCUGCUUAUAUAGGUACAUCCUCCUGCCACGGCGCCGGUAAUAACCAAUUAUUCAGGUUAAACGAAGCCGGUCAAUUAGGCGUGGGGGAGAGAUGCGUGGAAGCCGACUCGGACAGUGUCAAACAGGCCAUUUGCAGACUCGGCACUGUCGACGGGCCUUGGAGAUACAACGAAGAACAUAAGCAAAUAGUGCAUCGCCUGCACGGCCACUGCCUCACCCUUCAGCCGCACUCGCGGACUCUGGGGCUGGCUCCUUGCGACGACAACAACACCUAUCAACAAUGGACCAUCUCUCACAAGAAACCCAACUGGUGACGGCGGACGUGAGAUUAUGUCGGCUGUUGUAAAUGCGAAAGUCGAUUUCAGUGGUGAUGUCCGUUCGCGAUAUACCCAGAACCACUGCACGGACUUUUAUGCGGUUUUGGCGAGGAUCCCGUGCGAAGCCGGGACGGGUCGCUAGUAUAGAACUAAUGAUACGACUUAAAAUUUUAUAAAUAGAAAACCUUUGCCAUUUGAUACAUUACAAUGUUGUGUCGAUUAAUUUUGUACUAUCCAGUAUGAAACGAGGAAAUACUCUCGCAUUUACAAUAUUAGUUUGGAAUUUUAUUAGAUGUGUUGUUUGUUGAGAAGUGUCUUUGACACGAUGUGUUCGUUAUUUUACUUUUUAUUGGUAAAAAUAAGUAAGUAUAGAAAAAAUGCCUAAAAAUAAAACCUCAUGAAAUUAUGAGAAAUAAAUGACGUAAUAUUGCUAUCUAGUUAUAAUUUAUAUCACCUUUCAAAUUAUUUCCACUUUCAUUCUCUCAGAAUUAAUAGUAAAAUAUAUAUAAUUUACUUUAGGCUAUAUAUAUAUAUAGUGAAUUCCCUAUUUAUUCCGAGAUAAGAUGAAUGAUGACGAUAAGGAUUCCACCUAGAUCCAUUGAUGUACUUAAUCAUUCCUGCCGUUUUGGCUUAUAGUAGUAUUACUUUAAAUAUUGGGGUAAUUUACCUAUAGGUUAAUAUUAUUUAGUCAAUAUUUCGAAAAUAAAUAUUUGUUACAUAAUAUAGUCAGGGGCGGAUCAACUUAAGGGCUUUUUGGGCUGCAGCCCAGGGCCCCAUGGAAACAUAGGGCCCCCAGUCCCACUGAAAACAAUUAUAUUAUAAAUUUAAAAAAAUCCAAUCAUAAUCUUCUAUCUUACGAGAUCGCUAUUGGGAAUUACAAAGUACCCACACUGAUAUCCUUUUUUCUCAUAUGUGACCCAAAUUAAUUAAAUAUAUAUAUUAUUUCUAUGUAAAAUAAUAUUGCUAUAUGACUGAGCUUGUAAAAUUGGCUCAUCUUCAGAAUAUUUUCAGCAGAACUUGUUAUAUUGUACUGUCACACAAGAACCCAAUCUCUAUUCUAUGACGGCUAAAGCUCACUACUACUAUAAGAUAUGUUAUAUGCAGCCAGUGAGCCAGGCAAUAUUUUUUUAAUAUAAAAUAUGUGAAUAUUAUUUAUUUACAUACCUAAUACUUAACGAAAAUACUCUUUCCAGCUUUUCAAUGAAAUUUGUCACAAAUUGUACUUUUCUAUGUACAUAAAUUCGUAAGACAUUGCUCAAUUGUAUAUUCAGAAAAAUUAAGUUAUAUCUGUAAAUUUUCCACAUUAGUAUAUAAAAUGUCAUUUGAAUAAAAACUUUCAUAUUUAAGUAA